GAGAGCCAGGGGGUGGAGUUGAAAGCGAGGGGGUGGAGUCGGGUGGAGUUGAGAGUCUCUGUGCUGCUCGCGUUGCGCAGUGUGGACAACGAUGGCGGGGACGCGGUGCUCGUGUCUCCAUGGCGCCUCCCGCCUUCGUCUCUUCAUCGGCUCCCACCACCUCCUCAUCCUCCUCCUCCUCUAUUGCCGAGGUGAGGUGGCCGCCAUGAAGGUGUACGUGUCGGGGGAGGUGGAGGUGACGAACGGCACGGAGGCGCGCAUCCCCUGUACCUACAAGAGCAGCAACCCCAUCGGCAGCAGCUUCUUCAUCAUGUGGACCUUCAAACCCGCGAUGGGGGGCGCCACAGAGAACAUCCUGACGUACUCGGGCGGCAAGCCGUACCCGACGGGGUCGCGCUUCAUGAGCCGCCUCACUCUGUGGGGCAACGCGGAGAGCGGCGACGCCACCAUCUCCCUGCGCGACACCAAGUUCACCGACAACGGAACCUUCACCUGCAACGUGCAGAACCCGCCCGACGUGGGUGGCCAGGCGGGCAACACUGAGCUGCGCGUCGUUCUCUCCAUGCGAGCAGGAACGCUCUCGGAGGGGAAGCUCGUGGGCAUGGUGAUCGGGGGUCUGGCUGGGGUGGUGAUGCUCACCGUCAUCAUCGCCGCCAUCGCCAUGGUCUGCAAGAAAUAUCGCCGGGGUGGCUACCGCGACAAGGCAGCCGCCACGCGGUCCCCGCAGGACACGCUGCUCACCGAGAAACCGUUCCGGCAUGACGAGGAACGCGAUCUGCACCCUCCCACCCCACCCAACGGGCAGCGGGUCGUCUACGCGUCCCUGGAGAAUCUACCGCCAGGCAAACAUCCGUCGGCACCUCCCUCGGUGGAGUAUGCGACCGUGAAGCCUCUCGCAGCCUCCGUCGCAUAACCACACCGCUCACCACACCACUCACCACACCACUCGCCACACGACUCACUAUAACACUCACCACACCACUGCCCACACUGCUCACCACACCACAUGUUUUCUAAGAGUCUUUAUUCAAAGUGUACAGAGCCGACUUCAUACACACCAUGCUUACCUUACACACCACCGGGCACACUGUUUCCUCUCGGUCCAGCCCAAUAAACGUGGAAUGUUGGGCCAACGUUGGCCCAACGUUGGAUAUUUACCCGCAGUGUGUGUCUCGCACACCCUGCAAACAUACCAACACAAAGUGUUAAACCUCCACUGUUGUACCCGCCACUGCCCAUGAUAUCACUACCCCUGGUCUAUAAACCUGGUUUCCCUACACCUGAUAUCCCCAUACACCUGGUAUCCCUCCUACCCCUGAUAUCUCUACCCCUGAUGGCUCAACACGUGAUCAAUCUGCACCUUACACACAACUGAAAUCUCUACCCUCACCUCCUGAAUAUGUUCCCCGAGGCCGUCGUGACCACUGUAUAUGGGACUGUCAGACAGAAUGUCCCCUGAAUAUAGAUCUUCUGUUGAUAAGAGAAUAAUGUCAUUGUACAAUGUUAUACGUCAUUGUUUCAUUUUAUAAUUUUACUGUUGAGUUUGUUUUCUAAGAGUCUUGAUUCUAAGUGUACAGAGCCGACUAGCCGGUUGGCGGGAGUGCGGCAGGAGUGUCGCUUCUGCGCAGCCGGUGCCUUGUGACCACCAUGACCUCUGAACUCUAACCCUCGCUCCCUGCCAAUCCCUAAUCCGUAGCGUAACCUUGUUUAAAGGGGGCGGGGGGGGGGGGGCACGACGCAGUGAACGUUAAACUCUAAAGCGAGCGUAGAGCACGACAGGGAGUGAGUAACGAGGCGAUCUGCGCGCUGCUCUCUCUGUCUCUCUAUCGGGGCCCUGGGCGUAAGAGAAGCCACAGUGCCCAUUGCCUAACCAUACUGUACUCAUUUUCGUACCAACGUGUUGUAAACUUAAGCUGUAACGAAGACGGGUGGAGGGGCUCAUCCCAGCCCCUCCUUCCCUCCCCGACGCCUCAGCACUAUCCCAGUCUCGACAUUUCAUUUUGCUGGGAGAUCGCUCCGCCUGAUUUUGAGUUACCGCGUCCAGAUUCUGGAAUUUCCUCAAACUUUGCGGCGCCAACGGAGGAGAGACACCAGACCCCGUGGGGCCAAUGGCAAGGUCUCCUUUUUUCUUCCUUCCACACCCCGGCGGCCUUGACCCUUGUCGCGUGCGUAGGCAGACAGGUCCCGGUCUCCUCUCAUGGCCAGGCAAUGGGGGCCAGAAGACAGAACGUGCUACGACGUGGCGGCAAUGUUGUAGGUUUUAAGUAAGAUGUCCCCUGUAACUGCCGCGCAAGCGACAGUGUUACGAAAUGUUACUUUGGUGAAAUGGCGAGAACCCUCGCGAGCGACCAUAGAGCACUCACCUUGUGAGUGUUACGACCUCACUAGGAAUCCCCAUUCACUUUGCUUUACAAUCCAUCCCCGCUUUGGAAAUCUGGGUUCGCACUGCAAUCGUAGGCUGCCAGAUUUAAGAUACAUUUAGAGAUAAUUCUCUGUCCUCUGGUCCCCGGUUCUCAUGUCACUGGGCAGCCGCCAGGUGAUGUGGACCCCCACCAUAGACGACGCUGGCAACAUUCUCCUUUGUGAUGCAAUAUUCCUCGUCGUAUGGGUCACCCCCCUCUGCCAGUGUGGUGAGAGAUUCUUCCCACAAGAGGCCCCAUUCUUUUUGUACUACAGAGCUGGCAACACUCGUGGAAGGCCUAGGCUUUCCUGUAGCAUGGUGGCCUGCUGUCCACCCUGACCCCUGGGUCCCCAUACGAGGGAUUGCCACCUGUCCCGGAAUUGGCAUCUGUUUUUGGGUGGCGGGAAUUUAUUUGUACCGAAAUGUGGCGGUACUGUGUUGAACUUGUUACAGUUUUCUGCACGGUUUUGACACCCAGGCUGACUGAGCAACAUGUCCGGGUCUGGUUUAUAAUGUAAAUGGUGGCGACCCUCCCCUCACGCCCUUGGUGGGGACCCGUCAAUGUCUUUACUUCACCUCACGGGGGAAAACUUCCAGCUUCGACCAAUCUCCUCGCGACCCUCCGCAUGGCCCUAUCCUAACCCUGGAGUGCUAGAGCUAGGUGUCUGCUGAUGAUUGGAGGCAUCUGGGUUUGGUGUCUUAGCGGCAGUCAGUCUGUCCCUUGUGUUCCUGGGAUAAUUUUAUGCCUGUUUGUCUUCCAAUAAAAUAUAUAUUUUAUGCUAAAUUUGA